ACUUAACUGCCGGCGGACUUGGGGAACCGGUUUUGGGAGGAUCGGAAAUUUCGCAAGCAAACAAAACACUAGAUUUCUCUUCACUAAUUUCUAUUUACUACUAAAAUUAACUAGGUAAAAGAUGUUUUCUAGCGUUCUUCCGACGAUCGCGACGCGCUCGACUUGACGUCCGACCGGUUCGGCUGCUUGCGAUAAACUUGCUGGUUUCGCGCACAUUUCUCGUUCUCUCCUCCUUCGUUGCGCGCCAAAACGCUCACACGACCGUCGUCGUGCGUCGUUCGUUCUCUUUCUCUCGCACCGUCGUGUUCCACGGCGCGCUGUUGCCGCGCACCUCGUUUCGUGCGCUCUUUCCUCCUCUUCGGGCGUCAUCGCCGAUGUGCUGUUGCUAGCCACGCGCACGGCGUUGCGCGCGUUUUCUUCGUUGUUGGCAACGGCGUAGGCUGGGUUGCCAAAUUCGCUGCGACUGAGAUCGAAGCAACCGCAGUGCUGUCAAAACAAAGCAACAUUUUCUUCGAGCUGAAAGGUUCAGGCUCGAACAUCCUCCACCCGCGAAGAACUGCCGUUGAUCUCCAGGCGAUCCAAGGGUCACUCUUUCGCCUUCCACGUUUGGCCGUACGUUGACCAGGAUGUGUCGGUCAGCGCAAUUGACAGUCGCAGGGGCUGCCAAAAGGCCUGGCCGACCCGUGGGAUGUGCUCCAGUGCUUGUUGAUGCUUGCCGAUUGUAGGAAACCGGCAUCUUGUACUGCUUCUCCAUGGACUUUCUCCAAUUCCGUCUGGUGUCACUCGCUUCAGUGGGUCGGCGUACACCGACCGCUCGUGUAGGUGGGAUCUUCCAGUACCGCUCAUCAGCCUGUUCUUCGCUGGUGCUGCAGCUCCUGGAAACCUCGACCGCUCACCCACCAUCAGCUGCAUGCAGGCGGCAGCAGCUAUGAACGGCGCUGAGGCCGUCCUUGUAUGUACCAUCGUCAGCUCCACGAGCCACGAUGCGUUCGGUUGCAGCAGGAUGCUGCACUUUGUAUCUCUUCUUUGGAAACGCUCGGCUUGGCACGCCGGCGUCGUCUUCGAUGUUUGAGGCAUCGCGUGGAACGACAGGCAUUAACUUCACGCUCUUCGGUGUGCUGCUCCAACUCGGGUUCGUCUUCAAACGUCGCAGCUUGAGCCCGAACCGCUUCUUCGCGUGCUGCGCCACCUCCAAUCGUGACGUCCAGGACCUGGCUGAAGCUCGUCUCGCGCAGAGCCACCAAGUUGACUCUGACGGCGAGUUGGACUCCAGCAGGAAUCAUCGAUGUGUCGGAACGUGGCUGCAUCUGCUCGACGCCAGCCAACUCGUUCGCGUUGUGUCUGUCCAGAGUGUUCUUCGUCAAGUGUGUGUCGAACUUACUUGUGAUCAAUAAACCACGGCAGGGGUUUGGGCUGCAGGGUUCGUCUCGAAAGUCCGCGACGGCUGACAGCGCGUCCGGCGCUAGUUGUCCAGAGGAGCUGGCCUCUGGCGUCACUUGAUCCGUUUCGGCUUGUUGUGGAGCACCAGGUUGCUCCACCUUCGUUUGUGUUGUCGGUUGCUCU